AUGCAGUUUGCAUUUGAUAAGGAAAAUAUAGAUUUAAUUAAAUUUCUUCUUGAAAAACAUGUUAUGCUUUACUACAAAGAAGAAAAUUUAAACUAUGAACCAAAAGAAAAAAAUGGUUACAAUAGUGUUUUUGAUGAAAUCGAAUCAGAAGUGGAAGAAGAAUAUUACGAGAAUGAAUUUGAUGAUCCAAAAUAUAACUUUUAUAAUGUUAUGGAUUCUGCAACUCAUACUAAUAUAGAAGCUUAUAAACUCAUUUUAGAAAACGGCGGCCAAGCAAAUGCAAAAGGAGAAUAUGAAUUUAAGUCAAUUCUUGAUUAUCAUGCUUCAAAAGGACACAUUGAUAUUGUUGAAAUUCUAAUUGAUCAUGGUGCGAAAAUUACAACGACAACAUUCGAAAUUUGCAAUGACAAUAAAUGUUUUAUUUGCUUAGUUGAUAAAGCAGACGAGAAUUUCCUUGAUAGUCAUCUUGAUUUAUUAGUAAAUGAAGAUAGCCGUCCAUCAGGCUUCUUUUUUUACAUUCAAGAUAAACUAAUUGAAGAGAUCUAUCCAGAUGAUCUUAUUAAAUGUUUGUCGAAAGCUUUGAAGGUCAAAAAUGAAAGUGUUUGUCUUUAUAUCUUGAAAAAUUUUGAUAUUCAAUAUAAGGAUGAGUUCAAUUAUUUCAAAAAUGAUGAUGAACAUUGGCUUAUCAAUGCAAUCGAAAUGAAUUCUCCAGAAUUGGUUCGAAUGCUUUUAGAUAUCAUGGAAAAGAGUCAAUUGAUUGAACAUUUCUUUGAUCCAACGGAUUAUAUCCAAAUUGGCCGUUAUGAUAAAAGGCGUCGAAUUGUUCCAGAUUAUUAUCUUCGUGCAGCGAAACAGAAUAACACAAAAAUAGUUAAAAUACUUAUUGAACAUAAAGUUCCAAUUAAUUAUGAUUCAGAAGACUUCUUCAAGAAUGCUUUAUUCUGA